AUGGCAAAGUUACAUGGACUUGCAAGAACACUCCGCAAGUCGUCCACUAGUGCAGCCAUAUUGACACUGGAUAUGACCCAAAGCGUAUCGGGGCUCUAUUCGGGCGCUUCAAAGACCUCAGCAAACGUUCCUGUCACCCUUCGGCCAUAUCAAAUUGAUUGCAUAGAGAAAAGUCUUGAUAUGCUGGAGAAGGGAACUAAGAGACAGGCAUGUGCAUAUAUUUAUGUCGGCGGACCCGCCAGCCUUCCUGUCGGAAGUGGCAAAACAACGAUAUUUUCACACCUUGUUCCCCGUAUUCCGGCACCAAAUCCCAAAGCAACAAAAACUCUAUUGUUAGCACACCGUACAGAGCUGAUUCAGCAAGCGAAAGACACUUUGAAAUCCAGCAAUCCCCAGCUGAAAGUGGAUUUAGACGAAGCAAAGCGUACUGCGGAUAUGGAUUCCGACGUUAUUAUUGCCUCAGUAGCCACCCUUGGUAGAUCCGAAACUAAUGGCGGGAAGUCAAAACGGCUACUUCGAUACGAUCCGUCGCUUUUCAAAGCGAUCAUCAUAGAUGAGGCUCACCAUGCCGCCGCACGUUCAUAUCAACGGAUCCUCGAGCAUUUUGGUGCUCACAAGUCGGAGACGAACGUUUUUGUGUGGGGAUGCUCAGCAACUGUGCGCAGGCACGACGGGCUGGGACUAACGAACGCAUUUGAUGGUGUUGUCUGCCAUCGGGAUAUAAUAGAUAUGAUAAACGAAGGCUGGUUAUGUGACAUGAAGGUGGAGAGCGUUUCAACUGACACUAGCCUGGAUGGUAUCGCGACCGGCUAUGGGGAUUUCGUAGUGAACCAAUUAGCUGAAAAGGUGGAUAACCCCGCCCGAAACAACUUGGUCGUACGACAGUACAUAAAUGUGAGAGACAACGAGAAUAGACGCUCGACUCUGGUCUUUGCUGCAAACGUACAGCAUGUGAAGAAUUUGGAGCGCUUAUUCCAGGAGUCUGGGAUAAAUGCAAAAGGAGUGCAUGGGGGCACACCGGCAUUCGAACGACGUAACCUAAUGCAAGACUUCAAGGCCCAGAAAUUUCCUGUCCUUAUCAAUUGCGGAAUCGUCACUGAGGGAGUGGACAUACCUGCAAUCGAUUGCGUCAUCCUAGCCCGUCCGACUCAAUCCUCGGUACUUUUACAGCAAAUGCUUGGGCGGGGUCUUAGAACAUAUCCAGGCAAGACUCACUGCCUUGUCAUCGAUAUGGCUGACGUGAUGAGUAGUCGUGCACGCAUGGCUACGGUUCCUUCACUCAUCGGUCUUGAUCCGGCCUUUGACUUGGAAGGACUUAGCCUAAAAGAAGCUGUCCCGAAGUUGCAAAAAUGGCGGAAAGACGUACCGAGCAUACUUGACAAAGCCACAAGUUUCUCAGAAGCACAGGAACUCGCCCGGAUGCAAAACAAGGACCCUACCGAACUUUGGUACAAGCCAUUUGACAACCCAUUUGACGUUGCAAACUUGGAUGAGGAGGCUUGGGAAUUGAAUCAGCUCUCAAGGCACGCAUGGGUACGGGUUGGCCCAAAAGAAUGUGCCUUGGCAUUUCCCCAAAAAUAUUACAUUGUAAUAUCACAGAAAAAAAAUGGCCAAAAUUUCCAAGCUGUUAAACACCACACAAGGGUGCUGGUAGGAAAGGGGAAAGGUGGAGGACCCCUUUUCGUGACAAGGAAGGAUCUGAUAUUAGAACAUGACACUCUCUCCUACGCCAUACGUGCUACGGACACAUACGUCAGGCGUAUGAGGUUGAGCAAGUGUGUCCUUCGGACUGCAGAUUGGAGAAAAAAACCGGCCUCCGCAGCCCAGAUCCAAGUAUUGAAGAAGUUCAAGAUCCAGGCUCCGAAGAAAGGGUGGCGGACAAUCACGAAGGGACAAGCCGCGGACCUGAUCACCCGGCGGAGACUUGGUGGACUGGGGAAAUCUGAGGAUGUUAUUCGAAAGAGGCGAAAGGAAGAAAAAGCGAAGCAGCGCCUUGACCCGUUACAUGGUGUAGUGGAUACCGUGUCUAAAAGCUUUUAG